GCCAUGAAGGAGGAUCUGACUGAGUGGCUCAACACGCUCUAUGACCUGGACAUCCCGGUGGACAACUUCAUGGAGGCCUUGGAGACAGGCUAUGAUCUCUGCCAACACGCCAACAACGUCAACCGCAUCGCCCUGGAGUUCCAGCAGCAGCACUCGGAGGCUGCCGCCCACAUGAGGGUGCCUCAGAACGAAGUGGUCUUCCAGGCCAAGAACGUGGUGCCUGGCUCCUUCAUCGCCAGGGACAAUGUCUCCAACUUCAUCCAGUGGUGCAGACAGGACCUGGGCAUCCAGGACGUCCUGAUGUUUGAAACAAAUGACUUGGUGCUAAAGAAGAAUGAGAAAAACUUUGUCCUGUGCCUUCUGGAGGUGGCCAGGAGGGGCUCCAAGUUUGGGAUGCUGGCGCCCAUGCUGAUCCAGAUGGAAGAGGAAAUUGAGGAGGAAAUGAGGGACCAGAUUGUUUAUGAGGAGCUGGUGAUGCAGCAAGAUAGCCAAGACCUGGGCCCUGAGUCUCCCAUCUACCCUAGCAGGGCACAGCGAAUCUCUUUGUGUGACCUCAAGAACCUGGAUGAGCUGGUGCGAGAGAUCCUAGGUCGCUGCACUUGCCCCUCUCAGUUCCCCAUGAUCAAAGUCUCAGAGGGUAAAUAUAAAGUGGGAGACUCCAACGCGCUGAUCUUUGUUCGAGUGCUGAGGAGCCAUGUGAUGGUGCGUGUCGGCGGUGGGUGGGACACCCUGGAGCACUACCUGGACAAGCAUGACCCCUGCAGAUGUGCCUCCCUGUCUCAUCGGCUGACACAGACACGAGCUCUGGGCUUCUCCCCGCAGAAGGUGGCGUCUCCCGGCAACUUUUCCCCCAGCCCACGGGCUGCCAGCCCCAGCUCCCAGCGCCGCUCUGAAGGGAUGCUGAACCCCUACCGGCCUGUAGAGCCCCUGCGCUUAGGGGAUAAGCGGCCCCCAGCAGGCGGGGACUCAGCACAUGCCAAGACAGACCGGUGUGGCCUGCCCCCGCGAUUGGACGCCCCGAGGCAGAACUCCAGUGCGGCGUUGAAUGCCAGGCAGGAGGGACUCCCGCCACGGCCAGGAAACAUCCCUGCCUCCAUUCAGAGUUCAUGCAGCCCCUCGAGGGUCCCCACAGCACCGCCCAACUGCAACGUAUCUGAGCCACAAGCUUCAACUACUCUCAGGCCCCGGGACCAGCUGCCCCCCAGAAUCCGGCGCUACUCUGGAGACAGCGACUCCUCAGCAUCGUCUGCACAGAGCGGCAUCCUGGGUCGGCAGCGCGGUGAAGACAGCAGCAGUGGCCCUCUCAGUCUGCACAGGAGGGAAGCUGGGAGGCGCGUGACUGAGGGAGGGGCCAGGCCCCAGACCCCCAAGAGGCAUCCGUCAAGCCGCAGCCAGUCGCGGGACCGCGGCACCUUCUCAGGGAUGAAGCCAGCUCCCGGGCCCACGAAAGCAGAGCCAGAGGAGCGGGGCCGCUCUCGCCUCUCCAACAGGCUGAGCCGGCCCAGCAAGCCAGCCCCCCGAGCACACAGCCAGGGCAGGGGCGGUGGGGAGCCCGUGCUGCUCAUCAGCCGCGGCAAGGACGGGCAGCACUCCUGGACACGGGCUGAGGAGCUGAAGGAGAACAUCAGAGACUCAGGCAGAGUCACGCCCAGGACCAUGAGCCCAGCUCACAGGCAAGUUCCUCGGGUCUUGUCGCAGAGCCCUACUCCAAUCCCCCGGAGGGCUUCGCUUCCCACCAGCAAGAUGGCAGAGCACGUGCCCCGGGUGCCACAGCAAACUCCCAGACUCAGGAAGCAGCAGCCAAGGCAGAGGCAGGGGCCAGAGGUUGAAGCCAGGGUCCCAGCGCAGGAGCGGCCGGCCAGGGAGCCCCUGCCGCCGAGGCAGCUGUCCGAGAACUUCUACCAGGACCUGGAGGAGCUGGCGAAGAGUUUCCGCUUCCCCCUGUGCCUGGACCCCAGCCAGGAACAGCAGCUCUACCAGCACCUGGAGGAGGAGUUCCUGGCCAACUCCCAGCUAAUGGAGCUGGAUGGGGAGGAGGCUGAGCCCCUGGGCCGUCCCUGUGACACUACCCGCCUCCAGCAGACCACGCCAGACCAAGCAGCUGUUGACUCAGCUUACUGCUCCUCCAGCUCCUCUUCUUCCUCCCUCAGCUUCUUCUGCAAGCAUGGCUUCCCAGUAGACUUCAGCGAGCGGCCCAAAGACGAACCCAGGAGGAACCCUGUGUCCCAGCGCCCUUGGGCCCCUGACUGCAGCAUGGCCCCUGCUGAGCUCCAGAACGGCUCUUCUUGGGACUCCCAGGUGGGCCUGGAGCCAACACUGUGCCGGAGAAAGCUUGUGCUCUCAAGUUCCUCUGAUGAAAGUAACUACUACACAGCUUUGAAUGAUGUCCUGGAAGGGCAGGAAGGGACGGAAGUCUCCAAACUGGGUGCAGAUGCUCCCCUGAAUAUCUUGGAGGUGGUCAGCUCUGACACAGACUUGGGGCUGCUCAUGGCUGAUGACAUGGAGGAUGAGCUGACAGAAACCGAGGAGGGCCCUCCUGGGGAGAUAUCCCUAGACGGGACACUGGAUGCAUCUGAGACUCAGGAAGUGGUACUGAGGCAAAAGAAGUACCUGAAGAAACCAGACCGAGUGCCUUCCAUCUAUAAACUGAAGCUGAGGCCCAAGGCCAAGCCACGUGUUGACACUCAGCCAGAUAAGAAGCCCUCCAAGAUCCCCACACCCCUCAGCUACAAGAUAGCAGACAAGUCCCCAGCAGGAAGCACCUCACCCAAGGGAAGCCCUUCCAAGCGCCCAGUGGAGCACAAGCCCUGGAGAGUCUUUCACAAUGUUUUCUCCUCCUUCAUCGAGCCACCUCAGGGCCAGACAGAGCCGGGAGGGCUGGAUGAGGAUGCAUGGGCGUGAGGGCCUCGGGUGAGGGAUUAGUGGUACCCAUUCAAGAUGACGGGACCAGCCUGUAGCAUUCCCCAUUGCUGCUUUCAGAUCUUCCUGUCCCAAACCUGCUGCCUUGGGUGUGUUCCUGUUGUGACACUGGCAUUGCUGCUACUGUUGGCGGUGAGAUGUCCCCGAGAUUUUUAUUUUGAAGGUACUUCCAGGUGGAGCUUCUGUUCAUAGAGGCCAGAGCCCGAGCUCUGACAAGGCAGAGUAGUAGGAGGCUCUUGUUUCAUCUUAUUUUAAUUUAGAUCUUACAAGUGCUGUGUUUCAGGGACACAGCCUCGAGCCCUGGAUUCCUGGGGAGAGGUGGAAGAGGGGAAAAAAGUGAAACAUCUUAGACCUUCCUUGGUCUUGGAUCAAGGCUGCUUUGACCUUCAGAGGUUGAACUUGAGCUCCCCCUGAGUCCAAGCACAACCAGUCUUUCAGCCUUGAGAAACCCUAAGCAACUUGGUCAUGGGCCCAGAGCCCAGUGGCUACACUUUAGGGAUGGUGAGGGGGCGGGGAGGCAUAUCUCCAAGCGCUGAGCAGUUGGGCAGAGCAGCUCUCUGCUGAGAGACGUGUGCAGAGUGGAGCAGUAGAAGGGAAUAGGAGUUUGAUGUUUCUAAGUCAUCUGUAUUGCCUUUGGGGGCUUGGAGGAGAGUUAGGGAACUAUAUUGCACAUUUUUGUUGUAUUCUGGCAGGAUAUCCAGUAAGCUGGGGCUCCUAGCGUUAGCUGAUCCUUGACAUACUGUAUGUGUGUUAAUAACAUCUGUAUUUAUAUAGACUUUCUGGAGUGUUUGUGUAUAUAUCAUUCCUUUGCCUAGACUGCUGCUUCCCUCAGUGUCCAGCCUCAGCCCUAGGAAUGCAGAUGUGGAACUGACCAAUGAGCUUUCUAAACUGAGACAGUAAAAACUAAUGAUGUGAGAUCGC